GGCGGCGGGGCCGGGCUGGACGCCGAGCGCGGCCGCUUCCCGUUCUGCGUGGUGUGGACCCCCAUCCCCGUGCUCACGUGGCUCUUCCCGAUCAUCGGCCACAUGGGGAUCUGCACGUCGGCAGGAGUCAUCCGGGACUUUGCGGGGCCCUACUACGUCUCGGAAGACAACAUGGCAUUUGGGAAGCCAGUGAAGUACUGGAAGCUGGAUCCUGGCAAAGUGUGCUCCACCAGUCCCAAUGCGUGGGACACUGCCGUGCACGAUGCCUCGGAGGAGUACAAGCACCGGAUGCACAACCUUUGCUGUGAUAACUGCCAUUCGCAUGUGGCUCUGGCCUUAAACUUGAUGAGAUACGAUAACAGCACCUCCUGGAACAUGGUCAAACUCUGCUUCUUCUCACUGCUGUAUGGGAAGUACGUAAGCAUAGGGGGGUUUGUGAAGACCUGGCUUCCUUUUGCCCUCUUCUUGGGGGUGAUCCUGACGGUGGUUCUGACCCUUCGCUUGCGGUGAUGGCAGCUGUGAACCCCCGCUCCAGGGGUGCACGAAGGAGGGA